AUGAAUCUCGUAUGUUCGCGAAGGUGGCUUGUAUCGGCCACACAGAGUGCCUACAUGUUCGGCAGGAUGGUCGGUGCAACUAUAUACGGACAUCUCUCCGACAGAUUUGGUAGGCGCCCCUCACUGAUGUUGUCGGUUGUUCUCAGCUUGUUGGCAUGCACCUCUCUUGCCUGGAUCUCCAAUGUCUACCUCUUCUUAAUAGUCAGAUUUUUCAGUGGCAUACAAACGACAGGCGAAUUUCAAAUCGCAUUUGUCAUCGGUAGAACAUUUUCUCAUUCGCAUGUAUAUGAAACAGGUACAUUCGGGCAAAUAACUUGGUCGGUAGGCCUUGUCAUCUUGUCACUUAUCGCAUAUUUCGUGAGGGAAAGAUUCUGGCUUCAGGUCACCCUCUCAUUCCCUCUAUCUCUUCUGCUGUUGAUAUUUUUCUUCGUUCCCGAGAGUCCGAGAUUUUUAUUAAGUGCAGGUCGCAAGGACGAAUGUAUCAAACAUUUGAGAAAAAUGGCAAAAAUAAACAAUGUAGAAUUUCCGGCAGAUGUUGAACAUCAAUUGAAGGCUGACAGGAAGGUGAAGAACUUCACGCUGUUGGAUUUGUUUCAGUACCCGAACAUCAGAAGAUCAACGUUCCUCUUGAUGGCAGCUUGGUCGUUUUCAGGCAGUUUCGUGUAUUACGGCCUGUCACUGAAUGCAACGUCAAUUUCCGGAGAUCCUUACCUAAAUUUUUUUCUCAGUGCACUCGUGGAGGUACCCGCGUAUGCACUCGCAGUCCCCUUGCUCUCCAGGUUGGGUAGGAUCCAGCCGAUCAGCGGUUGCUACCUGGCGGUUGGACUCCUCAUGUUUAUCAGUAUUUUCAUAUCCAACGAUAUUUUGGUGACGAUAUUGUCGACGUUGGGGAAAGGAUUGAUGACAUGUGGCUACGGCAUGGUCUAUAUAACAACCGCAGAACUCUACCCAACAAGAUUGAGAAGCAUUGGAUUCGGAACUUGCAUCAUAUCCGCCAGAUUCGCCGCUACACUUGCUCCAUUCACGUCAGACCUGCUCGCAGUAUGGAGGCACCUACCCUCCAUUUUGUUCAGCGCCAUCGCGUUGAUCUCAAGUUGCCUGGUUCAAUUCCUACCUGACGCUUCCGACCAACCAUUGCCCCAAACUUUGGAGGAGGGAGAAUUAUUCAACAGCUCUGGUAAAAGAUGUCCAGUGUGGUCAGUCAUAGAUACAUCACACUUAACUUUAUCCCUAACUUGUGCACUUAUCUAG